GUUCCCUUCAUAGCCCCACCAUAUGGCCGAUCUGAUGUCCAGCCAUGGUAGCGGACGCCGAAAGCACGGAAGUGAUCGAGCUACAGGUGGUGGGCUUGGAUGGUGAAGGCUUUACAUUGCGAAUUCCAGACUCCAAAAGCGGCGAGGACCUCCGCGCGCUGGUCGCGCGACGACUUGUGGCGAAGGCGGGCGCCCAGCUGGUUCUCUUGAAUGGACCAGAGCAACUCUCAAAGUCUCAGAGCUUGAAGGACCAGGGCCUUUGCUGUGGCAAAACAGUGUCCUACAGCUAUGUGCCUACGAACCUCGCCAGGGCCCUCACGCGCUCCCGCCUGGCCUCGCCACCAGCGAACUCGGCGAGUUCCUCGCAGUUCGACGAUGCCUGGGAUGGGCUGACCGAGCUCCAAGGCGUUGCUGGGCAGAUGGCAACGAGCUUGCCCGGCAGUUUGGUGUGCUUGACUUUGGGCAAUGAUUUCAAUGAGAGUUUGGAGGGAAUGGAGUGGCCUGAGACUCUUCAACAUGUGAGCUUUGGCAGAGCCUUUGACCAGACUUUGGAGCGAGUGGCCUGGCCGAAUCUACGCAGCCUGAACUUUGGCAACUCCUUUAACCAGUCUUUGGAGGGCGUGACUUUACCAAGAAGCCUCCUAGACUUGACCUUUGGCAUGAAGUUCAACCAGACCUUAGCCGGUGUGAACUUACCACUGGGGCUGCAGCGUUUGACUUUUGGCAUUUUGUUCAACAGGAGCAUGGACAAGGUGAAUCUACCCUCCGGUCUGCAGACGCUGGUUUUUAGCAUCGACUUUAAUCAGAGUUUGGAGCAAACCAAACUUCCAGCCAGCCUCCAAUGCUUGAUAUUUGGGAUUCAAUUUAAUCAGAGCUUGGAACAUGUUGAGCUGCCCAGUGGCUUGCAACGAUUGUGUUUGGGCGAUGCGUUCAAUCAAAGCUUGCAACGAGUCAACUUGCCAAAGAACCUCACAUCAUUGGUGUUUGGUACGAAUUUCAAUCAAACAUUGACCGGAGUGAGUUGGCCAAGCAGCCUGCGUACUUUGACCUUUGGCCAUGACUUCGAACUGGACUUGAUCGAGUUGGAUUGGCCAAAGGGCCUGGAAAGCUUAACUCUUGGCAGUGUCUCGCCCAGAUUCUUCGACUGUCAAUGGCCCCAAAGCUUGAAAAGCCUCAGCUUCGUGGGGUAUUUCGACCCGCGAAACCACUUGAAACUCCCCUGCGGCCUCGAAAGCUUGACGUUGGAUGGAUCUUUUGAUGGAAAGCUGGAGGACAUUCAGUGGCCCAGCGGAUUGCAGACAUUAACUUUGGGCGAUGCCUUUAAUCAGAGCUUGGCCAAGGCACGAUGGCCCAACGGACUGAAGAGCUUGACUUUGGGCCUUUCCUUUAAUCAGAGCUUGGAGGAGGUACGGUGGCCGGAGAGCCUGCAGAGCCUCACUUUUGAACAUGACUUCAACCAAAGUUUGGCCAAUGUCGAAUUUCCAAGCCGCUUGGAAAGCUUGACAUUCAGCGAGAGUUUCAAUCAGAGUUUGGUGGGAGUUUCUUUUCCACAGAGCCUCAGGAGCUUAACAUUUGGAACGAGCUUCAACCACAGCUUGGAAGGACUUUGCUUGCCUGAGGGUCUCCAAAGCUUGACAUUUGGCACGAAUUUCAAUCAAAGCUUGGACAAUGUCACUUGGCCUCCAAGCCUUCAAAUGCUCAUUCUUGGAUUCAGCUUCAACCAGAGCUUGGAAAGAAUCACUUGGCCAAGUUGCUUGGAAAUUUUGACCUUUGGAUAUGACUUCGACCAGAGCUUGGAUCAGGUCACUUUGCCCAACAGCCUUCGAUGCCUGACUUUUGACCAUGAUUUCGACCAGAGCUUGGAGCAAGUGAAUCUGCCAAGCAAUCUUGAAAGCCUAACGCUGAGUGCGAGAUAUAAGCACAGCUUGCUCCAAGUGUCGUUGCCCAGCAGCCUUCACAGCCUCACUUGCGGGCAGCUGACGGUGUCGACGAGGACCAAUUAAAAAAGCGGACGCAAGGGCUGGAUCCAUUGGUGCCGCAGAGUACAUUUGGAUGCAGCUCAGUGAGUGCCCGCAGAGUAGCGGAAGCAGACCGAAUAUCCAACGAGACCAAUUUUCACUACCAGCCAGUGGAUCACUUGGAUGCGGCUUUCCGAUGCUUUCUGAGACACUCAUUUGCGGAGCUGCAGCUGCGGUAUGCUCUUGCAUGAGCUAUGAGGUCAGUUUGUCAACUGCAAUUGCAAGUGUACUGUAUCUGUUUUAAUUAGAGCAAAUGCUUAGAAACAGAAACCAAAAACUCCUUUUGUAGACAUUUGGUUCUUUUCUCAGUAUUCUUGCCAAUCCAUCCAAUUGGAUGGGAUGGUCUUUUAACAUCCCCAUACCGCACCCAGCAUGUUCUCACCUACUGCAACUUGGUCGGUAUUCCGGGAAA